AUGCUAGUGCUUAUUUUUCUUGUGUUCAUUUGCAAAUUUGAGUAUUGUUACUCAAAUAAUGCUGCUAGUUGCGUUGAAGGGGAACGGAUUGCUCUUCUCCAAUUCAAGGAAAGCUUAAUUGAUAUAUCCAACCGUCUCUCUUCAUGGAGCGGUCUUGAUUGUUGUGAAUGGGAGGGAAUUUCUUGUAGCUCAAUAACUGGCCAUGUCCUAAAGCUUGAUUUGCACAACCUAGUUUCACCUCCUCAUGAUAUUGAUGACGACUAUUACGGUGGUUUGCCAUCAAACUAUAGCAACAACUGCUUGGGAGGUGAGAUCAAUCAUUCUCUUAUCAAUUUAACACAUUUGAAUUACCUUGAUCUAAGCCUCAACAAUUUUUCUAAGAUCCGAAUUCCUGAAUUUUUCGGAUCUUUCAAAAACUUGAGGUAUCUUAACAUCUCAAGCUCUGGUUUUGUGGGAAAUAUUCCCACUCAUCUUGGAAAUCUUUCAAGCUUAGAGUAUCUCCACCUUGGAAAGGCUUUGGUUAGAGUUCCAUCUUAUAAUGAUUUGGCUACGGAUAACUUGGACUGGUUGGCUAGCCUUUCUUCCCUAAAAAGCAUUGACAUGUCUUGGAUUUUAAUUCGGCAUAGUGAAGAUUGGUUACGCACAAUCAACAAGCUUGUGUCUUUAUCUUCUUUAAACUUGGCUGGUUGUCACCUCAACACAACUAGUCCUUUUUCACAUGUUAACUCCACCUCUCUAUUCUCCCUUGAUCUCAGUGACAAUAGUUUGGAUUCUGCAAUCUUUCCAUGGUUGUCUAAUCUCACAAGACUAGAGCAUUUGAAUCUAGGCUUCAACUAUCUUAAUUCUAGCAUGCUAGAAAUCUUUGAUCCCUUAGCCUCUCUAAAGGUCCUUGAACUUUCUGGAAAUUCCUUAGCAGGCACACUGGUUCCGUUGUGUAAGUUGCACAAUUUGGUUUUCAUGGAUCUUUAUUCUAACAAUUUUCAUGGUUCAAUUCCCAAUUCUCUUGGAAACUUGACUUAUUUAACCUUUCUUGAUUUAAGUAAUAAUAAGUUUACAAGUUCGAUUCCCAAUUCUCUUGGAAACUUGAUUUCUUUAACCUCUCUUAGUUUAAGUGCUAAUAGCUUUACAGGUUCAGUUCCCAAUUCUCUUGGAAACUUGACUUCUUUAACCUCUCUUGAUUUAAGUGGUAAUAGGUUUGCAAGUCCAAUUUCCAAUUCUCUUGGAAACUUGACUUCUUUAACCUUUCUUAGUUUAAGUGAUAAUAGCUUUGCAGGUUCAAUUCCCAAUUCUCUUGGAAAUUUGACUUCUUUAACUUUUCUUAGUUUAAGUGAUAAUCGCUUUGCAGGUUCAGUUCCCAAUUCUCUUGGAAACUUGACUUCUUUAAGCUCUCUUUAUUUAAGUAGUAAUAGGUUUGCAGGUUCAAUUCCCAAUUCUCUCGGAAACUUGACUUCUUUAACCUCUCUUAGUUUAAGUGAUAAUAUCUUUACAGGUUCAAUUCCAAAUACCAUUGGUAGUCUUUGUAGAUUGCAAGUGCUUGAUUUCUCUAUGAAUAAAUUGACGGACUCCAUUGCAGUUCUUUCUGAUUGCCAAUUAAAUAGUUUGAAAGAAUUGAAGUUAGAUUCUAACAAUUUCAUUGGUCAACUUCCAAACCAGUUGUACAAGUAUAAGAAUCUGGAAGUCCUUUCUGUGUCUUCAAACUCCUUCUCUGGUCCAAUAAUUGAGUCACUUGGAAAUUUGUCAAUGUUGCAAACCCUGGAUAUUAGUAACAAUAAGUUUAGUGGUAGUGUUCCCUCUAGUCUUGGUGAACUUUCAAAUCUUGAAGCGUUAUAUAUAUCUAAUAAUUUAUUCGUAGGUGUCCUCUCUGAAUUUCACUUUUCAAAACUCAGUAUGCUUAAAUUUUUGGUCAUAUCUAGUAAUUUGUUUGUUUGGAAUGUAAGCUCCACCUGGGUUCCUCCUUUCCAACUCUCUUUCAUAGUAAUGGAAUCCAUCAAAAUUGGUCCUCACUUUCCUCUUUGGCUUCGUACUCAAAGAAAUGUUGUAUACCUGUUUAUGUCUAAUGCCAGCAUCUCAAGUGCUAUCCCUGAUUGGUUCGAGAAAUUUUUGUGGAAUAGCCAUGAAUUAGAUCUCUCUAAAAAUCAGAUAAGUGGAGAGCUUCCCUUGAAACCACAUGUUGAAGGUUACAUGCACAUGCAUUCUCUUUCUCUUUCAAACAAUUAUUUGAGUGGUGGCAUCCCCAAGUGGCUAUGUAGUUUAAAACAUUUGCAGAUUCUUGCUCUGUCAACAAAUCAGUUAUAUGGAGAAAUACCUCCAUGCUUAGGAAAACUACAAAACUUGGAAGUUCUUGACUUCGGGAAUAACAAUCUAAGUGGCCACAUUCCAAAUUCAUUGGGAUCUCUACAAUUGCUAUCCUCUAUGCACUUGCAAAGUAAUGAACUUGAAGGGAAACUCCCAGGAACCAUGCAGAAUUUAACAAGCCUGCAAAUCUUGGAUUUGAGUGAAAAUAAAUUUAUGGAUGUUAUCCCUUCAUGGAUUGGGGAAAAAUUAUUGAGUUUGAAAUAUCUUGUCUUUUAUAGAAAUAAGUUCUAUGGGGAUAUUCCAUUGCAACUAUGUCAACUGCAUGAUCUUCAAUUGCUAAAUUUGGCAAAUAACAACAUAUCAGGAUACAUCCCACAGUGUUUUGGAAACUUUACUGCAAUGGCUUUUGACACAUAUAAUCCGUACGGCGGAUAUUCCGGUGGAACGUAUGAAGAUGAAAUUGAUGAAGUCAUAAAAGGAUUAACAUUGCGGUACACUAAAAACCUUCAAUUCCUAAGAUCUAUAGAUCUUUCAGGGAAUCAUAUUGCUGGAAAGAUCCCAAUUGAGAUAAUGAGUUUGCAUGCAUUGCAGAACUUGAAUGUUUCUAGAAAUAAUCUGAGUGGAACAAUCCCUGAGACAAUUGGUAAUUUGAGCAAAAUUGAAUCACUUGAUUUAUCUAGAAAUGAACUCUCUGGUCCCAUUCCACCAAGCUUGUCAUCUUUGAAUUUUUUGAGCCACUUGAACUUAUCAUUCAACCAUUUAUAUGGGAGAAUACCAACAGGAAGUCAACUUCAAACUCUCAAUGAUCCAUCCAUUUACAUGGGCAACGAAGGACUUUGUGGUGCCCCUCUUCCAAAGGAUUGCCCCAAUGAUGUACCAACUUUUGUUAAUCAAUCUACAAAAAUCAAUAGUGAUGACCACCAUGAGUUUUUCAUGUGGUUCUAUGCUGGUAUGGGGUCUGGUUUCUUUGUUGGAUUCAUUGGAGUAUUAAGCAUUCUACUGUUUGUAAGGUCUUGGAGCUAUGCGUACUUCAAAUUUUUAGAGAUGGCUUACAACAAAAUACUGGAUUAUUUUUUUUAUUAAAGGUCAAUGAGCAAUUGUGUGUUGAAGGUAUUUGUCAUUGGUCUUUAAUGUGGAUUACUCUUGACAUGCUGGAAGGGAGUUUCUUC